UGUGCGAUAGAGACAGUUAAGAUGGCGGCGCAGGAGACUCAAGCGACACAGCAAACCUCCGUAAGCAACGGAGAGGUGAGCAGUAAUGGGGCAGCAGCCUCAGGUCAGGUAGCUCAGACAGGUGCGACUGUUCAGGACCAACAACAACAACAGCAGCAGCCCAAUGCCUGGCAGGUGAUCAAAGGUGUCCUCUUUAGGAUAUUUAUCAUCUGGGCUAUAAGCAGUUGGUUCCGCAGAGGUCCAUCAACUCCAGAUCCCAACACUCCUGCUGGAGCUCCACGUGUGCCCAGCCGAAACCUGUUCCCCAAGGACACACUUAUGGAUUUUUAUGUAUAUAUCUCUGAAAAUGAGGUAUUUACAGAUUUCAACAACACAGAAGCCUUGUUCUGGUUUCAGCAAGAUCUAGUUUAUGGAGAUUGGACCACAGGAGAAUCGGGGGACGGUUGUUAUGAACAUUAUAAAGAGCUGGAACUUUCCGAGAGCCUGAAACAGAACGGCUCCAUAUACAUCCACAUUUACUUCACCAAAAGUGGCUUCCAUCCAGACCCCAAACGCAAAGGCCAAUACCGCAGACUGGCCACAGUACACACCACUCGAAUGCUUAACAAGUACAAGAGGAGGAAGUUUCUCAAGACGAAGAACCUUCUGACGGGCGAGACAGAAGCCGACCCAGAAAUGAUCAAGCGGGCGGAAAGUCACGGCCCAGUGGAGAUCAUAUCUCACUGGCAUCCUAACCUCACCAUCAACAUGGUUGAUGAUCAUACAGCCUGGGUCAAAGGUUCUGUUCCUCCUCCCCUCGACCAGCAUGUAAAGUUUGAUGCAGUAAGUGGAGACUACUACCCCAUCGUUUACUUCAAUGACUACUGGAACCUGCAGAAGGACUACUAUCCCAUAAACGAAACUCUGGAGAACCUGCCCCUGCGGAUCAUGUACUGCCCCCUGUCCUUGUGGCGCUGGCAGCUGUAUGCCGCUCAAAACGCUCGAUCGCCCUGGAAUUUCCUGGCUGAGGACACGUACGAGCAGUCAGAUGAGGAUCAGGACUCUGUUAAGGUGGCGCUUCUUGAGACCAACCCUUACCUCUUGGGUGUGACUAUCGUUGUGUCCAUCGUCCACAGCAUUUUUGAGUUUUUAGCUUUCAAGAACGAUAUUCAGUUCUGGAACAGCCGACAGUCUCUGGAGGGUCUGUCUGUGCGCUCCAUCAUAUUUGGGGUGUUUCAGUCACUGGUGGUGCUGCUUUACAUAUUGGACAAUGAGACCAACUUUGUCGUCCAGGUCAGCGUGUUUAUCGGCCUGCUUAUCGACUUCUGGAAGAUAACCAAAGUCAUGGAUGUCAGGUUUGACAGAGAGAACAAGAUUGCUGGAAUAUUCCCACGAUUGGUAUUCAAAGACAAGUCUACGUAUGUGGAGUCUUCAACCAAAAUCUAUGAUGAUAUGGCUUUUAGGUACCUGUCUUGGCUGUUGUACCCUCUCUUUGGGUGCUAUGCAGUUUAUAGCUUAUUAUACGUGGAGCACAAAGGCUGGUACUCAUGGGUGCUCAGUAUGCUUUAUGGGUUCUUGUUAACCUUUGGUUUUAUCACCAUGACGCCACAGCUCUUCAUCAACUAUAAGAUGAAGUCAGUAGCUCAUCUCCCCUGGAGGAUGCUCACCUACAAGGCCCUAAAUACCUUUAUAGAUGACUUGUUUGCCUUUGUCAUCAAGAUGCCAAUGAUGUACAGAAUAGGUUGUCUCAGAGAUGAUGUGGUGUUUUUCAUCUAUCUGUACCAGCGCUGGAUUUACAGAGUGGAUCCUAAUCGUGUUAAUGAGUUCGGGACCAGCGGAGUUGAACGCAAUGGGGACAGCCCGGCCCAGCCGGUGGCCGCCGACACGACUGCUGCCAUCACAGAUAAAUCAGAGGGGGAGAAGAAAAAUGAUUAACCUGUUUUAACCCUCUAGUCUUGUGAAGGUGUGUUAAUGCAUCUUCAAGGCUGAGUUUGUUUAUUUGUCAGGGAAGGGAACUGGAUUAAAGGUAUUACGCAAAAGACUGAAGAAAAACGUUCAGUUCAACUUUCCUCCUCUGUUGGAUCCACAGGGGAAAUAACUAAUUAUAUUUAAUGUAGAUGUCCUAAAAUCAGUUUUUUUCAAACUCCCAUAUUUUUGCAGUCAAAGUGAAACGUGAUGUACUGUAUUGUAUAUUUUUGGGUUGGUAACACUAAUCAUUUGAAGGGUUAAGUGGUCUGUAAUUAAAUCGCAUUGCUGGAGUGAAUAGGACGAUUGCAGUACAGAUCUUCUUUUUUUUUAAGUGGAAAAAUGAGGAAGAAGAGGUGAAACGUAGCCUCGCUGUCUUUCUCAUUAUGUGUAAUUAUUUUCUUUUCAUUCCAUGUAUGAAGGGGUACCAGGAUGCAGUUGUGUAAGGUGUAAAAAAGCCUGUUGUUCAGAAGCUGCCUGUGCGAGAGAGAGACUUUCCACGUUUUUAAAAGAAUUGAUGUUUCAAACUUGAACAAAAAAUAAGAAAUAACAGCCUUGUAGGUAUUAAUAUAUAAUUACAUAUUAAUUUUAUUAAUAACUAUGAUGUUUUUCUUGUUUCUAAGCCUCUUUCUUUUGUAUGUCCUAAACUGUACAUCAUCCCAAGCCUGUAAACUUAACCAUACUGUCGUUAAACUGUUUAGCAAUAGCUGAAUUACCAGUCCUUCUACUGAGAACUUGUUCCGUUACAUUCACACUCCAAAGCUGGUUCACCAUAUCCCACGUCCAUCACGGAUGGAGACAUGGCACAGUCCAAGAAUGAUGAGAUGAUGCCUGAUUUGUCCAUUUUUGUUGCUGUAAUUCUAAAUUGAUUGGGCUUUUAUUUUGAUACGUUCAAGAUAUGAUCACUCAUGUUUAUAGUAAAGUUCAAGUGCAGUUUGGACAUUGUUUUA